AUGGCAAUGACAGAAAAACCAAGGCCUUGCAGAAAGGAAAUGUACGUGGCCCUUUGGGGUGUGCCGCAAUUUGAUGAUGUAAAAGGACCUUCCUUCUGCUUAUAUCCCCCAACCCUACUCAACUGUUCGACCUCUGUGAAGUUGAAGAAGAUUUUGUUGCUGCAGCUUGAACAUGAGGGGUAUGCUUUAAGUUGGGAGGAUUUGCUUACAGGCUCCAAAAACCGAGUAAUCUUGAGUUAA